AUGCCGCUGCAGGACGAGACCCUGCGGGAGGUGUGGGCCUCGGACAGCGGGCACGAGGAGGAAGGUCCCGGUCCUGAGGCUGAGCGGCGUCCCCAGCAGCGACCCGCCCCGGGGCAGAAGUUGAGGAAGAAGAGGACCGAGGUGCCCGGGUCCCCCAGCGCCCCGGGAUCCAAGCCCCGUCGACUCGGAGCGGGGCGGAGGGGGCGGCCACGGGAGGAGAGCGCCCCCGACCCGGCCCAGGCCAGCGCGCCGCAGCCGAGCGUCUACGCCAAGUUCCUCCGGGACCCUGAGGCCAAGAAGCCGGACCCCCGGGAAACCUUCCUGGUAGCCCGCGCCCCAGGCGCCGCCGCCGAUGGUGAGAGACGCAGCGCCACGCCACCGGGGAAAGGGGCUGAGUGGAGAGGAGGGGCUCAGGGCUGGCAGAGAGGCGGACCCCUACGCGAACUGCCAGCCUCCGGCCUAGCCUUGGAGCCAGGGCCUGUGCUAAGCACCACGGUUAGGAGAUCGAUGCUCUAAGAUGUCCACUUUCCUCCGUUUUACAGAUAGGGAAACUGAGGCACGGAGCGUU